CUAUUUGAUGCCGAACUUGCAGCGCCAAAACCUGAAACUGCAAAUCAACUCGCAAGUGAUCAAGAUCAUCCUGAAUGAUGACAAUUAAUGUUGCCAUCGGAGUAAGAUACGUUCAUAGAAACAAGGUGAAGCGAGCGUUCGCGAGGCGAGAGGUUAUAAUAUCAGCAGGCGGCGCUGACUCUCCCAAGCUGCUCAUGCUGUCGGGGAUCGGAGUGCGGGAACAACUUAAUAAACUUGGGAUCAAAACUCGUGUCGACUUACCUGGCGUUGGCCAGAAUUAUCAAGAUCAUGUUUUACUAGAAGGAAUACAUUGGACGAUCCACCCGAACAUCUCGUCGUCCGUUCUAUCCCUCAUCGGACCGUCAGCGUUGCUACGUUAUCAGGAGAAGAGAGAAGGCCCCAUGAUCGUUCCGCCUGGUAUUGGUGCAUCGUAUUUUAUAAACGUCGGUGAUACGGACGAGCCGACCGUUCCGGACAUCCAAGUGCUGCUUGCAUCGCAACUGGUCGGGCAAGAUUACGGCAUUUUAACCUUGGGCAAGUUCAAGCAAUCAGUGCAAGAUUAUUAUAAGCCGACGCUAGGAAGAGAUGGCUUCUCCAUGAGUCCCGUACUUCUCAGACCCAAGAGCGUCGGGACGGUGACCCUCAAGUCCAAGAACCCCUUCGACCCGCCCGUCCUGGACCCCAACUGCCUCAGUCACCCCGACGACGUCGAGCUUUUGGUCAAGGCUUCAAAGGCUUCAGUUCAGUUAGGAAAUGCCAAGACAUUCCGAAGGUCCCUAGGCGCUGAACCCAUCAACAAGCCAUUCCCUGACUGCGCUUACCUGGAGUACCAGUCUGACGACUACUGGAGAUGCCACAUCCGUGGCAUGGCGGGUGUGAUGGCGCACAUCAGCGGCACCUGCAAGAUGGCUCCAGACUCCGACCCCAUGGGGGUGGUGACCCCGCGGCUCAAGGUUCGCGGCGUCAAGAAUUUGCGUGUCAUCGAUUCGUCUGUGAUGCCUCAAAUAGUUUCAGCUAACAUCAAUGCGGCUGUGAUCAUGAUUGGCGAGAGAGGAGCUGAUCUCGUCAAAGAAGAUCACGGCAAAAUGUGACGAGCAAAAUUCCCUGGUGCUGCUUCACAACUCUCAUGUGCACACCAAUUAUAAUUUUUACAUCGUGAAUGUACAAAUUUCUUCCUACUUUGUAAUCUGUAAAUCGUAGUAAAUUUAGUUGAUUUUCACGAUCAAAAUUAAAAUAUAAUUUUACUCACAACCUCAAUCGAAAUAGUGAAUAGUUUUACCUGGCCGUUUAAGAGAAAUAUCAUAUAUUUUCCUUCACACGUGAUGCAUGACGAGGCAUAAUGUCAACACCCGCAUGUCGACUACAUCAUAGCAUACCAACUUUAUGUACAUUUUCAAAAAUAACUUAAGACGAAAAAUGAAUAAUUUCAAUGAGUACAUGAAUGAGAGGAAUCAUGACUCAUUGCCUCUCUUAACCCAUCAGUGCGUCGCAUAUUAAUGUAUAAUCCCUUAGAAGUCCUCUUCGCUAUCCAUAUGUACCUUCAAAAGAGCACCGUUAAAGAUAAUAUUCAGUUUUUUGGCAGGAAAACUAACGUGCAUGAGUGUUUACAUUCUAAUAGAUGUAAUUCUCAAAUCUCAUGAAUUCUUUUGUGAACGUUCAUUUGCGAGUUCGCUGAAGUGUCGAAUCGGUUCUUCUCUGAGAAGUUGAGCGCUGCCCUGCAUCUCCUCCCCUGCCAGUCCCAUCGGCCGGCUUCUGGUGCUGCCCAUUGCCCAAGCCCAACUGGGCGGUAGUUUUCUACUUCACGCCGUGCAGGGCGGACUGUGCUACAGCUCUCAUUCAGUCCACAAAAUUUAUUGUUCCGUGUUAAUUAUUACUAAGUUUUGCAGUUUUUUAAAGAUUUUAAUUUGGUAUUAAGAUGUAUAUUAAAGACACUGCUUUGUUGAUGGAGAAAUUUAGUAAUUUUGAUGCAAGCGAAGGUUGAGGUUCAAGCCGUUCAAUGUGUAUAUUUACUGCCUAUCGGUUCUUUAUCUCGAACUUUACUGCAUAGUUGACUUCGCCGUGCGCUGAAUUGUGAUGCAGGUUCAAAGUUGUUGUUUGUAUUACGUAAUGAAAUUCUUACUAGCUUUGUUAUUACUAAUUCCAUUGAGGAUCUCGGAUGAGCAACAAUUCGAGUAGUCGUAUGGAGUCUCGUAUCUGGCAUGCACUGCUUUAGAACUGCAGCCCGGCGUGUAGGUAGGUGAUCGAUUGCUGCUCGGUCGGCUUCAUUUGAAGGUCAAAGACUUCAGAGGGUUAUGAAACUUUUUGGAAUUUAAAAUAAAUUAGCAUUAUUAGGAAGCUCUUUAAAGAAAGACUAUAACUAAUUAUGUUAUACUAAGUGAAUCGUUAAAGAGAUUGAAAAGGUAGGAUUGCAGAGGGUCCUGAGGUUUUAUCGGGAGUUAAUUUCAAGCAUCUGUCUGCCUUUCGCUCUCUUUGGACCAUUUUAACUUGGAGGGAAACUUUCUGAAGGAAGAUGAUUCUUCUUUGCCACGCAUGGCACGCAACAUUAUUCCAUUUCUAAAGUUGCGCCAAGUGUAACUUUAUUUAAUAAUGUAACUUGUAUUGUAACUAAAUGUACGGAAUAAAAAUAACGCGGCAUUUAAAGAUUGUUUAAGCGUAGCUGUUUGUCGUACCUACAUGUUGGUCCUGAAGUCACGCGUUUCUGAACUUUGUGUCAUGACAGAUUAGCGUUAUAUCUUAGGUACAGCUUGACUCAAACUUUUUUUCAGAAAAUCAUCAGGUAUUCAAAGAAUUUCUUAUAUGGCUUUUUGAUCGUAACUCUGACUUUUUAAUAAAUUUUUUUUCUUGUAAUGAGCGAGCGCAAUUUGACUGCACGAAAGAGCUUUAAUUAAGUAGUGAUUAGAUGCAGUUCAUCUUCACUAAUGAAAUUCUAUAUCCUGUUAUGGGUCAAGUUGAAAUAUUCUGCACUGAUGGGUCUAUUUUUAAUCAUGAUUAAGUAGUGACGUUAAUCUUUGACACAGCCUCUACGUCAGCGUUCAACGUACACUUGGCACUAGCUCAAGACCGUUGCAUAUAUGCUGUAGCUUCAUAAGCGGCUUUCCUUCUCUUAUUUAAUCGAUUAUUGGCUGACGUGUUGCAGCCUCUAGGAUUGAUAACACCAUCAUCAUACCACCAGCAGUUGACAUUUUAGGCCUUUUAAAUGAUCCUAUUGCCAUAAAAGGUAAUUGUUGGGUUAGGCCAUCGCUUCGUUAUAAAUGCCUAACUUGUAAAAUAAAGAUCUAGUAAGUGAGACAGCUCAUUGAGGAUUAGAUGCACUUCGUGUAGGUUUGGUUAGGUUAUACACAUGAGGCGCAACGUGGUGGUGAAGUAAAAAUUUACUUUACGAUCCUCCAUUCAUGCAAAUACGAUUGAUAAGUUCGAGCGAAAAUUAAAUAGAUGGUGAAGAUACAAGCUCAUUUGCCUUAUAUUAGUACCCGUGCGGGCAGGAAACGAUCAAGUUGAAAAAAGUACGAAAAUAAUUUAUUACGUGAUAAUCAGGUUCUCUCAACAUAUGUGAUGACGUCAUAUUCGUGGUGAGAAACGCAUAGGAUCUAAAUGCCCAAACAGAAUAUCAAUGCAUACUCGCUGUACAUAUGUAUGCAGAAGCCUCGAUCAGGUCAUGUAAGACGACAAAUUUAGUAAUUAGGUCGGUGAAUGUACAAUUCCAAGUUUGACAUAGCUUUAAAACCCAUCGCGAACAGAGCGGAGGUUCAUCGUCUAGCCCCAAUUUAAUAAAAUAUUGAAAUUCAAUCACCACUUUAAGUUCAUCUUGAAAUUUCAUGAUUUUUUAGCGCAAUUUUACAUGAUAUCGCGCUAUUUUCCUUCCGUAUUGCUAUACAGUCUACAAUUUCCUUCUUUGCACAACGGAUAUUCUUCAUCUCUGUGAAAGAUUCCAAUUAUAAAAAGAUGCUACACUGGCAUAAAAAUUAAUGACGGAUUUCGAGUGCAAAACCCGUUAGCUGUCUAGAAGAGAUAUUGUAUGGAAAACAACGCAUAUAUCGCCUGAUGAUCAAACUGUAUUAGUGAGAUGAAAAUUAUCUUUUAUAUGUUUGAAUUUUCUGUAAUGUCAUUUUGGGUUAUAUUUCAGGGAAAUUCGUAGUGAUGAUUCAAAGCUAGAAAAUAAAAACUUUACUAUUGUGAAGGUUUCACAGCGCUGUAAGAUAUUAUGGAUGUUUAGUGUUCAUCCAAUAUCUGAAUUAUUUGACUGUGUGUUUGUCAGUUUUCUUGACGAAUUAUUAAUGUUAUUGAUUAGUAUAUAUUUUAUUUAUUCUUGGGAGUGAGUUGAGAGACCACAUUCCGUUUUCUUAAUUUUGGGGGUGCCUUGACACAUUAGCUUAAAAUAAGUCUCUAACCGAGAAAUAAAACUAGGAAAAAGAACGUUGUUACAGUGGUUACCGAAAGUACACGUCACUUCGUUUAUUUUGGUUCAUCAUUCAUCUAUUGGAGGUUAUCAUUUGACAAUAAAUUGGAGUGUAAAUUAUUCGUUAAUAACCACCAGAUAUACCCUGUGAGACUCCGUUUACUGAUGAUCUGACGUGACUUGACUGUAAAAGCUUAUGUACGGUGCACUUUCUCUUGUGCACAGGCUAGCUAAAUUUAUGUGAACUGAACGCUAACAGUGGCGUCAGUUGAGGCUCCGCUAUGAGAAUGUUAAAAACGUUUCCAUCCAAGCUGUAAUUGAAGCAUCAUUCUUAACUU